AUGCCCGUAACAACAGUCCCCCACCGAUCCGCCUCUUCCAGCUCAAUCACCCCCACCCCCAAACCGGUCUUCUUCUGGCAACCCCGCGACGGCAACGGCUACCUCUGCCAAUGGUACUGGUCCAAGUUCACCCUCGACGCCGAAACCUACGUCACAACCGAAAUGUGGAUGAUGGUGCAAAAGGCGCGUUGUUUCAACGACGAAGAGAUUGCGAAACAGAUGCUCGAGACUACGGAUCCAAAGACGCAUAAAGAGCUAGGACGGAUGGUUAGCGGGUUCCAUGAGAAGGUUUGGGAUGAACGUACGUACUUCCUGUUGUUCGAUGUGAUACUAGAAGGAGGGGAUGCUGACUAUGUGACAGGAAAGCUGGAGAUUGUAACUCAAGGCAAUUACCACAAGUUUACGAUCAGCGAGGAUGCGGAGAAUCUGAGGAAUAUGCUGCUAGCUACUGGAGAGAGGGAGUUGGUGGAAGCGAGUCCGCAUGAUAGGAUUUGGGGCGUGGGUUUUGCGGAGAAAGAUGCGGAGAAGAAUCGGUAUCGGUGGGGGAAGAAUCUUUUGGGGAGGGCGUUGAUGGAUGUGAGGAAGAGGCUGAGGGAGGAGGAUUGGAAAUAA